AUGCCUCUCAACGUUGUAACCCCAGCUGAACCGAAGGACCCUUCGAAUAUUUACAAGUUUAAUUUAAAUGAAACUUACUCUGGAGACGUGGAAGGAAUUCUCGUUUUAUGCCUUUUAGCAAUUCUUCUUGGCAUAUUUUUCAAGGUCAUCGAAAUCAUUUUUGUUGUCAUUUUCGUGCUGAUUUCAAUAUACCUAACCGCGCGGAAUGGAGAAAUAAACAUCAUGUCGAUCAUGCCGAUGAUAAUAAUGGUCGUGAUGACGUCGGGCAUGACAUGGCUUCAGCAAAAGACUCUUAACAAAAGACAACUGAGCAAGUUCGAGAUUUGA